CCCCAAACAAGCUGCUCAGAAGCCUCGCCUAAUUCGGCGCUCUGGAGUGCACGGCUCGGCAUUGGUCGUUGUAUGGGGUUAGUAUCUUGAGCCUUGAGUCGCAGAGGAAGGCCAGACGUGCGAUGGCUUCCAAUGGCAUCGAUCCCAGUAGCGUGGCAUCGAAUAUGGAUCCUGAAAACAUCGCCAAUGGAAUUUCCAGCGUGGAUCCCAACAGCAUCCAGUCCACGGCCAGCGAUCUUUGGCGCGACUUUGUGAAGGCCUCGCAGUACUUCACUGACCAGGUGAUCACCACCUACGAGGACACUGUGCCGGAUGAUGUGCCAGAGCCCGAUCCAAAAGGCUUGUUCCCCGUGGGGGUCAGCACCAUGAUCAUGAAGGAGGAGAACCUUUGCCACACUGCUCAUUGCCGCAUACAGGUCGCCAAUAGCAAAGGAGGCGAUUACGCCUUUGCGGUGGAUCGCAAUGGCUACCACUGGAAGUGCGUGAAUCGCUUACAGAUCAAUGGUGAGCCGGGACAUCACGACAAUUGGGCUUGCAUUCCACUGAGUUGCUUCAACACGGGAGGGACAAUCCAAUCUGGAUUCAAGUUCGAGGAGGAUUGCAAGCUGCCCUUCGUGGUGGUGAACGACGACGGCGCCGUCGUGGAGGAUGCACCCACCGACGCUGAGGAGUAUCCUCCGAUUGAGCUCUUGAAGCCACCUUUGAGACCUGAUGAGAUGAGCAUACCACCAGCCCUGGCGACUGUCGUGGAUUUGGCACGUUCAGCGCAUGUUCAGCUCCCACCUCGGGUGCGAAGACGGCGAAGCUACCUGAGACCCUCCCGCUUCCUUUGAUCCGACGGCAAAGCCGAGCAGAGCUCAGCAAAGGGGGAAGCUUUAGGGGGAUGACCUUCAGUUGGUUUCAAGGCUUGCCCUGCAACUCUCCAACAUAGGUUGAUGCCGGUUGUGGCUAUCCGAGUGCAAAGAUUCACGCGGGAAAAGAGCCAGGCAGUGCAGGUUGCGCUUGUUUUGUGGGGGAGGCAUCAGAGAUGGUAUCAUGACCUUGCGUGACAAAGUAUGGCACGCCUCCACCAGUGGGUUUCACCAACUUACUUGUAAAUGGCUUGAUCUAUAGCAUAUUUACAGCAGUAUGUCCAAGGCAACCGUUGAUUCGCAUUUGGUACCCAAGGUGCAUUGGCUGCUUCCAUCCCUCAAAGCAUUUUAUUGUUUGCAGUUUUAGUUCAUUUCAAGCACAGUCAAGGUCCUGGCUUUGCCCAUCAUAAUUCUCCAGUUUCCAGUUGCAGGGUUGGGGUAGAAUGGAGCAACCUUUAUCCCUAUGAAUGAAACAACCCAUGUGAAUGUAGGGAUGGUAGGGAUAUGUAGGGAUGGUCUUUGUCAUGCACCCAGGGAGACCGGCAUGGUAGGGAUGGCUUCCUCGCUUUAGUCUCAGUGUCCUGUCACCAGUCAUCCACACAACCGUCCCUGGAUGUCCCUCAACGCUACAGCCGUCCCGCUGCAGCUCUCAACACUCAGCUCUCUCAGUGAUCGCGACACGUCGAGUUGCGGG